GACUAAUAAACUAGGAACUGAUUACCCCGGGGACUGAUUAUCACUGCCAGAAUAAACUCUGUCUACCUAGCUCCAAUCAGGGAAUCUAACUAAACAUCCCCUAAUCUACCCAUCUCUCUCUUAGGUGAUCCCUCCACUAUUUUGGAGAUUCUCAGAAACGAAUCAAUUCCAUCGAUCUGAACAGAUCAGUGAAUCCAACCAGACAAAAAGAUACAAACAUGGUAUAAGGGCUUGGAAAUUUAAACUAAGCGAACCCGAGCGGACACGACAGGACAGUUGCAGUCUAUGUCACUAGUAUGGCAGAUACUAUAAGUACAUCUUGUCUGUCUACAUUAUGUUUUUUGGUCGAUUUCCAAUCUAUUGGAGAUAUUACUUUAGAUCCAUACCGGGGUAAUUACAGGAAAACUUUAUAAGAUUCUUUCCGGAAGGAUAAGGUCAUUACGUAAUCAAUAUCAACUAUAUUGUCUGGGGAAUGUCUGAUGCAGAUGAAUUUUUCGAACGAUGCAACUACUAUAACAUAAUAGACGUAAUGAUGGACAACGAUUUGAGUUCGAAUUCAUAGAGGGUAAAAACAUGAGUCUCAUUUUUAAUUCAGUUAAGAAAAUUAUUCUGCGAUGACGUCAUAAAGGUGUGUUGGGACGUGAUAAUGAGCCCAUCCAUGUGAUAGCGUCAUCGGCCCUGGAAUCACCAAACGCCCGAGGGGCUAAACAUUCAAGAUAGCUUUGUGACAGUUGGGUCGACACCAGUGUCUACAGAUAGAACAAGAUAGCAUUUCUGUGUCGUCCCAAGGCAUAGAAGAGAAAAGGUUGUACGCGAAGAAAUUCUGGCGUUCUGACCUCGGGAAGUUCUGAAAAAUAUUGACGACGGAGUUGUGCGCCCUUCUGUUUCGUCUUGUCGUCUGCUGGCAGAUUUAACUUCUUUUGAAGACAGAAAUACGCACGGGUAAUGAGCUAUAUACGCCUACAAUACUGGAAACCCAGCCGUAUCUAUCCUUUUAUCAAGGUUUGGUUGUGUCAUAUCAAUAUUGAUUGUUCGGCUUUGACUGGCGCACCCCACAUGAGGCGGACAGUUUGAGGAAAAUAGAGUACAAACAAAGUGUUAGGAAAAUGACAGUGUAAGACAUAAGUCGAUAAUUAUCAUGAUAGCAUUCGCGUGCACUGAUAAUAAUUUCUGACACAUUGCUCUUCGAUGAUCUCCGAUAUUUCUUCGGAUACAGUACUACAGCUGAUAUUAUUUCUGGAAGCUAGUGUUCACUUUCAUGGCAUCAUUUGUUACGUAUGGGGCCGUGGAAGGGAGCUGAUGACAGUUCGGUGCUUUAUAAGAUUCACUUAUGGCGUUUACGUUUGACGAUUUGCUCCUUUCCGCCAUUUUGAUUGGAGAUGUCGCGACAGGAAAGUCCUCCAUUGUAACUCGAUGUUCUGGCGAGAACUUUGAUGAUAAGCCCAUCGUCACAACAGGUGUUGACUUUAGCAUAGCCAAGCUGACGUUAGGGGAGGCUACCAAAGUCCGCCUUCAACUGUGGGACACCACUGGCCAAGAGAGGUACCAUGCCAUCACCACACAGUACUACCGGAGGGCCAUGGGCGUGGUCCUGGUCUAUGACGUCACAAGGAAGGAUUCGUUCGAACAUUUGAAGGAGGUGUGGAUUCCCAUGGCGAUAGAGAAUGCUGACCCGGAAGCUGUUUGGAUGUUACUAGGAAACAAAGUUGACCUUGCUGAUUGGCGUGAAGUCAGCAUAGAAACUGGCCAUGAGCUUGCUGUGUGCCUCGGAUGUCCUUAUCUCGAAGUCAGCGCUCGAGAGAAUCAUCUUGUCUUUGACGCGUUUCGUAUUCUUGCCAACCAAAUCCUGAAAUAUACGUACCCUAAGCUGAAUCCAUGCGUUAGCCCCAACGCAAAGACUAUCAAACUGGAAAAGGAACAUGACAAGUCGGGCUGUUGUAGAUGAUAAAACAAUCACCAUCGAUUCUCAACGUUGAUCGUAGAAGAUGUCGAAAAUAAAACAUGAAUGGAUAAACAGUCGGUUCAUCGGUCGUCGUCUUGACGUGGUGGUCGAGCCACCCGUCGUCGGAUGUCAUAUACGAUGUACUUCUAUGCGAGCUAUUCGAACGGCAACAAAAUCACUUUCGACAGUUUUCAGGGUUUCGAUGUCAGUCUUUCUCUGAUGGCAUGAGCGUCCAAGACUAUCAGGAGACUUUGAGAGAACUUAAGCAGGAGGCCAAAUUGUCGGGAUCAACCUAAGCGAGAGCAAUUUAUUUAACAAUAACCGUCAUCUUAGCUCGUGCCAUUUGAGGAUGGUUUUACAGCUACAUUUCGCACCGCAAAGCAGAAUGAAUUCAAGAGUACAGUAAAUUUAUUGAAAAUAAAAGUUAAAUUACAAUUAACAACAGUACAGUACUGAGAUGUCUUUGUCAAAAUUGACGAACCGCAACAGCAUAUCGUCCUAAGUUUCCCAGCUGACGAAAAAUUGCAAAUAUGUCAUUUGUCCAGAGUCCAAGACGAAACUGCUGUUUUGAUUCACAAAUUUUCGGCAAAGACCUCUUGGUUGCUCAUUGUUAUGACGGAUAUUUGACAAUAGAUUUUCUACGUUCUUGAAAGCGUUCUGCGUCGCGGUGUAAAAAUUCUGUAUUGUUGCAGAGCAUGAGAUGCUCUUGAACUUAAUUACGAGCUUUCAAAUACCGUGUUUACACAGUGACUCGGCUCGGGGGUUCGACACGCGAGCCGUGCUCAACAGGGCAAUUUUAUGCUGUGUAAACGCGAUCACUGAGUACCGCGAGCCGUGUCGGACACGGCUUUUUGAUCCGCCAAAAUCGUAGAUUUCAACUCACGAGCCGAGUCAUACUUGCCUAUUUUUUUUCGUGUGUAAACAGAAAGCCGUGUCGAACCCGCAUUACCUAGGUCAAACAUGGCAUAUCCGUAUAGUCUAUUCUACUAUCGAACUCGCCUCUUUUGUUUCAGUAUAAACGCGAUCUCAGUUGCCGUCUUCGCAGUGGUCGACCCUGCUUGGGGAUUCAACACUCAAGCCGAUUUGUGUGUAAACACGAUAUAGAAAUGGCAGAGGGUAGUUGGUAUAGUUGACUUCAGGAAAUGGUGAUCUAUACCCAAACUUUUUAUUCUCGAACACGCUGGCGUGUCGCAUCAUGGAUUGAACGAAUUUCAUAACUGUAUAUUUUACAUAAUGUAUUAAUAGAGAUAUAUUAAAUCUUAAAAGACGAAGUUAAAGUCGUCAUCGUCUCUAUGGAAUUAGAGAGAAUGAGAUACCAAGUAGUAGUGCUUAUCAGUAGCCAAGUGUGUUAAGUCUUGUGCCUUUUUGACAGUUGACGCAUAUCGGACAACUGUCUAUUUUCUAUGACCAUGAUGCUACCCUUGUCCUAAUAAAUAAACUCAACUGAUGAUGCAAUGUUUAAACAAUAUUCUUUUAUAAUUCCCAUGCAAUAAUACUGGGUCUGCUACAAUAAAGUGUUAACUUUGCUUCCUCGUUAUGGUUGUUGUUUUUAAUUAUUUUUAAAAGCCAUAUUACGACUGAAAUUGUUUUUAUUGCCUCCCAAUGUUAUGGCUAAAAUAAUUUUCUUUGACAAAUCGAUCCAUUGUUUCAGCCUUGAUGUGAGAAAUAAUUGAUAUAGAAAACAUUUGAUUUGCAUAUAUUUGAAUACUUUUUUUUUAUAACGCAACGUUCGCGUACAAUACCUAUUUUUGGUUCUUCGUUACUUGUUAUUCCUUUUUUUUUGGCAAUUUCAUGCCAAUUCAUGCCUUUUAUAGACAUUCUCUGAAAUACAAAGAACUUUUAAUGCAUUUUAAAAUAAUUUUUCGUCAUAGUAUGUUUUUAACAUGAAAUGUGAUUCAGGUAACAUACACCAUGUACAUCGAUACAAGUAAAUUUUAAAUUCGUCUAUUGCCAACUCGUCCACUCACCACAUGGCCUACCUUCAUUUGGUCUAAUGCCAUUUCGUCCAUCAAUGUUUCGUCUAACAACCAUUUGGUCCAAUCAUCACUUCGUCUAAUUACCAGUUCGUAUAUGACACUUCGUCUCGUAACCAGUUGGUUUAAUAUUCGUUUUGUUUUCAUUCAUUUUGCCCAAUAAACACUUAGUCUAUUAAGACCGACUGGCUAUUGGACUAACUGGUUAUUAGACAAAAUGGUGAGUGGACGAAAUGGCAAUUAGACCAUGUUGAAAUUGGACGAACUGAUGGUAGACCAAAUGAUAGUAGACGACUUGGCAAUUGGACGAAUCGGCGUUGGACCAAAUAAAAAUAAACCCUGUCACUUGGUCUAAUGCACAGAUGGCCUAAUUUCCACUUUAUCUACUUAGUUGGUUUUUACACUCUGUCAAAUGAAUUUUAUUUUUAUUUGUUUAUCCCAAUUAACACGUAGUCCAAUUAGACCAAUUGGUAUAUGGACUAAAUGUCUAUCUGGCCAACUGGUUAUUAGACGAAAUGAUGAAUGGACAAAAUCGCAAUUAGACCAUGUGGAUAGUGGAUGAACUGAUGGUAGACCAAAUGAUAGUAGACGAGAUGGCAAUUGGACGAAUUGGCAUUAAACCAAUUGAAAAUAAACCUCGCUACAUUCCAGCUUCUAUACUAACUUUUCACACAUUUUUGAGUGUGUAUUAUUGAUUUAUUUUUGACCAAUGAUGGUUCAUCAAUUUAGGCUAAUCAGUAAUUUCAUAUUUUGAUUUUAAAAAAUGAUCUGUUUGUGAAAAGACAAUUUUCGCUCUCUGAUAUGCGUUGUCUUUAUCUUUAACGAAAAUGUUCGGAGUUUAAUAAAUAAUGUACAAUACCUGACAAUUUUUAUCGGCCACUCUAUGUUCUAUUCUCCAUCAUUUAUUUAUUCGCUCCUAAUUAAAACAAGUCCCCGAUUCGUCUUUCGUCGGUGUAGUCCGUGAGACGUCCGUAAAUUUCACUGAGAAAUAUGCUCAUAGCAAAACAAGCUCAAGAACUUCAGUUUAUAACAACUGUCAGUGGAAAAUCAGUGAUAAAUCAGUUCGCGAAACACUCCCCACUGGUUACGACGACGAUGAUGACGACGACGAUGAUGAAGAUGACGAUGAUGGCAAAGAUGAUGACGAUAGUGAUGAUGAUGAUGGCAAAGAUGAUGACGAUGGUGAUUGGAAUAAUAAUGAUGAUUAUGAUGAUGAAGAUGAAGAUGAUGGUGAUGGAAAUAAUGCUGCUGCUGCUGAUGAUGAUGAUGAUGGUGAUGAUGAUGACAAUGAUUAUGAUGCAAUCUUCAUAGUCCCUUGCUCACACGUUUUGCACCUUCCUGUCCAAUAGCAAUCUGGACAACACAACGAAACAAAUGAUCCAGGAAAAAAUGUCAUAUUUCUGGUUAUGUAAGCAGCUUUUAAUACUUCUUGAGGCAAAGUUUUAUUAUUGUAAUUACUAUCUUACUGUGAUUUUACCCACCAGGACCAAGAUGCAAAACAGUAAUUAUAUCUCUGAUUUUGCAAAGCUUUUGGAAUAUGUGUGAAUAAAUGAAUAAACAAAUGAAGUCAGGAUAGAUACGAUAUUUGUAUAGUACGCGUUGGAUAUCUGGAUAUGUAUACAUUUAUAUGCAUUCACACGAUUGUCCAACAUAAGCGUAGUAAGACAUCUUAGCGCGUUGGUUUCUCUCAUCAUAAUGAUGUAUCAAGAUCAAUUUUGUUAUUCUAACGCUUGACCUUUGUUUUGAUAUUUAGAAAUAUUACUUAUUUUCUCAAGUCUGAUUAAAGUUUCGCCACAAAAAAUGGCUCCAUAUACCACCC